GCGUGAUUCAUUUCCUCUGCCGAGUCACUUCUCACAGCUCGGGAGCUGCAGGCGUCCCGCGAGGCCGGAGCUGCAGAGGUGGCCACGAAGCAAGCAAAGCUUAGAUUACUCAUUUAUAAUUAAACCAGCGACUCCUUGGCUUGAGCACGUACGAAGGAAGGAAAGAGGUACAUGACGAUGCACGAAUGCAUCGCAGGGCUGUAACCCGAUUUGGCUGAUCAGCCCCGGCUGAAAAUUAAAAUACACACCGAGCUGAUUCCGCCUGGGCAGGGUUUGACCUGCAGAUCCCUCAGACUGGGUUUAUUCCUGGUCCCGGCGGUUACGUGGGAGCGUCCUGCUCUCCUGCGGGCUGGAAUCUCCUCCUAAACGAGCGGGGAGGAUGCCGAGCUCUGCAAAACGGGGCAUGCAGCAGCACCGAGCUUGGGCAUUGCCAGUCGACCCCACGGCUCUUCCCCCCACUUGAGAAAAAGAGGGGAAAAAAGUCUUUUUUUUUCCUCCUGUAAUUUUGUGUUUUGUCUGCACAGUUGUGUUGGCAAGGAGCAGGGAGGGAGGGGUGGCAUCCUGUAAAGCUGUUCUUGCUGCCGAACGCUCCCCGCUGUCAACUCGUUCUUCGGGACUCGGAAGUCAUGGGUCAGGAUGAGGAACUUCUUUUCCCUCUUCUCUCUUUAGCAGCAAACUUUUGAAGACCUUGAAACGCCUUGUGGAGUGACUCAGGUUUCAGGGGGGUGUUGCAAAACUGCGUUUCGCGCAGAAAAACAGCCUGAAAUUCCCCUUUCUCCGCCCCUCCUUCCUUUUACAUCCUUUACGAGGCUGCCCUUUGCAGGCAAGACCUCCCAGAUCAGAUAGCAAAAGCUGAUCGAGAAGGAAACUCCCAGCUGCUGCCCAAGGGAAAAAAAAAAAAAAAAAAAAAAAAAAAAAUUCAAUGAAGCGAAAGUAACCGUGUCAUUCUUCAGCCAUGGCCGGGUGCGACCCGCUGGAGAGUCUGCAGAAAGAAGCGUCUUGCUCCAUCUGCCUCGAUUAUUUCAGCGACCCCGUGUCCAUCAACUGCGGGCACAGCUUCUGCCGGGACUGCAUCACGCGAUGCUCGGGAAAAUCGGACCGGAGGUUCGCCUGCCCCCAGUGCCGGGGAAUUGCCCAGAAAAGAAAAUUUAGACCCAACCGGGAGCUGAGGAACCUGGCAGAGAUCGCCAAGAAGCUGAGCUCGUGGGCAGGGUACGCGGCUGGGGCGGGCAGCCUCUGCCCGAAGCAUCAGGAACCGCUCAAACUCUUCUGCCAGGAGGACGGGACGGCCAUCUGCGUGGUGUGCGACCGGUCCCACGCCCACCGCGCUCACUCCGUCGCUCCCAUCGAAGAGGCCGCCCAGGAGUGCAAAGAGCAAAUCCAAAGCAAACUGAAGAGCCUCAAGGAUGAAAGAGAAAGGCUCCAAGGAUUAAAACUGACCGGGGAGAAGAGAAGCCAGAAGUACCUGGAGCAGACAAGAGCCGAGAGGUGGAAAAUCAUGUUGGUGUUCAAGCAGCUGCACCAGUUCCAGGACGAGCAGAAGCGUCUCCUCCUGAUGUGGCUGGAGGACGUGGAGAAGGAGAUAGUGCAGACCCAGACAGAGAACGACAGGAAGAUCUCCGUGGAGAUCUCCCACAUGGGCAACCUCAUCCAGGAGCUGGAAGGGAUGAGCCCACAGCCGGAGAAUAAAUCCCUGCAGGAUGCCAGGAGUGCCUUGACCAGGUGCGAAGCAAGGACUUUCCAGCAACUGACGGAGAAGUUUCCCAGAGUGGAAAAGAAACUCAAGGAUUUAUCUCAGAAAAACAUCGUUCUGAAGGAAGCCCUGAGGAAAUUCAAAGAGAGUCUCCCAGUUGAGCUGGACGUGCAAUGGGCGAACGUGACACUGGACCCAGACACAGCAAACCCCCACCUCGUCCUCUCUGAGGACCGGAGAAGCGUGAGGUGGGAUGAAACGCCCCAGAAUUUGCCCAACAAUCCCCAGAGAUUUGAUACCUACUGCUCCGUGUUGGGUUGCGAGGGCUUCACGGUGGGGAGGCACUACUGGGAAGUCCAGCUGGGGAGCCGGGGAUUUUGGGCUGUGGGGGUGGCCAGAGACUCGGCGUGGAGAAAAGGUUGGAUUAACCUCGACCCUUCCCAGGGGAUUUGGGCUGUUGGCAUCUGUGGAGACAGGUUUCAAGCAUUCACCUCCUUCGAAACAGUUCAACCUCUGAAUGGGAGGCCAAGGACUAUCCGGGUCUCUCUGGAUUAUGAGAAGGGACACGUGGCUUUCUUCGAUGCCAAUAACGAGACCUUGGCUUUUGCUUUUCCUCCAACUUCUUUCAAUGGAGAGAAAAUCCUGCCUUUCUUCUGGGUUUGGGAGUCCAGGAUCCAGCUGGCUCCCUGAGACAGCAUGGGCAGCAAGAUGGACAUUACAUGCUCUGGACAAACCUUUGGUUUGGUCCAAGAAACUGCUAUAUUCCAAGACUCGAUGGAUGGUUAAAAAAAAAAACAAAACCAACCAAAUAAAGUGGAGCAAAUGAG